AAUGAUAUAGAAUAUCUUUUUAUCUGUUUUUUUCAAUAAAAGAUGAUAAAAGUAAAGUAGUCAUAUUUUGUACGCGGAGUAAUUCUAAUUAGCGAUUCGUAGUUUGUUUUGUUAGAGAAAGGAAGCGAAAGGGACGUGUGUUACGGGAAUAUAAAGAAUCGCGUUUGUUUUUUUCUGUUAAUUACAAUAUUAUUCACAUUAAUUAAGUUUCGGAAUAUAUGUAAAUAUGUUGAAAAUUGAUCAGAUACAGAACAUGCGUGUGUCAUGAUAAAAUAAGUGAAAAACGUUAAAUUUCUGUAUGUUGCACUGAUUUUCCAUUGUCUGGGGGUUGUCUCAAAGCACUUUGUGUUGUUUAGUUCAUGAUGAAAAAUCAGAAUAUGUACCAGGCAAACAUGGAUUACAACAAACAAGGAUUACCACCUGGCAUGACUAAACCACCCAUGUCCCCUGCAGGAAUUCAUUCACUGAAUCCAAUGCAAUUAUUUGACAGUAAUAUUCAACAGACAAUGGAACAGUUCAACAACAAUCGCCAAAUGUUACAAAACAAUAGUCGCCAAAUGUUACAAAAUCAACAAAGAGAAGUUGUGAUAGGAACUGUUAGACAUCCAGCCCCGAGAAUUCCUAGUCAUGGGGUUCAGGGAAACUACUAUAUUCCAGUGAUGAACGGAAAUGCGAAAGGUUCAGAAUACAGUCCAAGAUCUAGCAUAGGCACACCAGGUGAUUCACAGAACUCCAGUCCAAGUUCAAGCAUUAUAACAUCUCAGCCCCCACCACCUUAUGUUUAUCCAAGUAUGAAUCCUAACAGGAAUAGUAUUGCAAGUAACAUUUCCAGUGUAAGUUUGGACUCGAUGAGGGGUUCUUCAUCCCCGAGGUUUAUUAGUCCUCGGAACUCUUUAGUGAUGCAGGAAGCUCAAAUCAAAAGGUUUGUGAAUGAGCCAGCGCUUCCUGCAGCCUAUAACGAUCCUAGGUUGAGUGCGUUGAUUCAUUCUGGAUUGCAUUAUCAGCCUCAACAAAAUAUACCGAGUGUCAGUUUCCAAACUACAGUAGCCAACAAUGGUUUAGUGCACUUUGAAAAUGGUGGUAACAUUGCGAGAAACAUACAGGGCUCGCCACCACCAGCUAUUCCAAAAAGAGUUCCCAAAAACAUGAAUGCCAAAAGCCAGUCAGAAAAACAGGUUGACAUGUUAGCUGAGCAGUUGAAACAGAAUUUGAACAUGAACAUUAACAUGACGAGUGUUGUAGAGAAUGUGCUACCACCACCCCCUUACCAUGGGCCCCACAAAACAGAGCCAAUGCCCGGUUUGCCACCCCGCACUGUCCCACUGGGUAUCCCAAAUCAGGCGGGCUCGCCUCAAGUUAGGUUAAUGGGAACGGGGUCGCCGAUUGCCUCUGUAUCGAGCCCUGGGUCCUCGAAUCCACUGUUAAAAAAACAGUACAGGACUCCCCCAAAACCUUCUGGACCAACUAGUGCUGAAAAGAGAAUGGAAGAAAUGACGGAGAAGAUCGAAAAAGAGUUUGAAGCUGCCAAAAAAGGAACUGAGUACUUCGGUCAAUGUUCGAGCUGCAAGGAGAGCGUGUAUGGAUCUGGUGAUGCGUGUCAAGCCAUGGGAAACCUCUACCACACAAAAUGUUUCACAUGCACCUCUUGUGGUCGAACGUUACGGGGGAAGGCGUUUUACAAUGUACACGGGAAGGUCUACUGUGAAGAAGACUAUUUGUAUUCCGGUUUUCAACAGACAGCGGAGAAGUGCAUCGUAUGUGGGCAUCUUAUCAUGGAUAUGAUCCUCCAAGCGAUGGGCAAGUCCUACCAUCCGGGAUGUUUCCGAUGUUGUAUGUGUAACGAGUGCCUGGAUGGGGUUCCCUUUACGGUUGACCAUGAAAACCAAGUUUUCUGCGUACAAGACUUUCACAGAGCAUAUGCCCCAAAGUGCGCAGCCUGUGGCCAGGCCAUCACACCAGUCGAGGGUACUGAGGAGACGGUUCGGGUUGUUUCCAUGGAGAAAAACUUUCAUGUUGACUGUUACCAUUGCGAGGAAUGUGGAAUGCAGUUAACAGAUGAAGCGGACAAGCGAUGUUAUCCGCUAGAUGACCACUUGUACUGUCAGAUAUGCCACAUGAAGCGACUGACGCUCGAAUAUCCGAACGAGAAAUUUUACAUCGAUCCCUACACAUACAACAUCCUAAACAAGCCAGGAAACCAGCGUGAUUCGAUCUCCAUUACGCCAGCGUCGAUGUCGGCAUUCCCACAGCAAAUGGGUGGAAUUAUGGGAGGGUCAAUAAGACCGUCAGGCAGUGGGGGGAGUGGGGUAUCAUCUUUAGACAGUUGUUACAGCGCGAAUAAUUCUUCUCUCCCCCCUCCGCCGCCUAUACCAUCAUCAAGUGGUUCUGAGGCUCCGCCCCCUUUACCGCCACAUAGGAAGACAAAUAAUGUACAUGUUAAUGGGGUAAAUGGAUUUGACUCCGCUAGUCUAUAUUCCAAGGUCAUGCCCCAGGGGCCUCCAAAUGGGAUGAAAUACACCAUAACUGACCUGUGAUUUUGAAUUUUUUCAGUAAAACCAUUUCAUUUUUGUACAUAUAGUUAACAUCUUAAGUUAUUGAUUUUUUAGUUAAAUAUUUACUUUGCUGAUAAGCACUGCCUGUUUUUACUUGAGUUGAUGCUGUAUCAGUGUUUUCUUGUAUUAUUUUGUUAGUGCUUUUUUGUACGAAUAAGGAAUUCGCUGUCUCGUUUUUAUGCUAUUCCUUUUUCAGGUCAGGUAUUUAAUAUUUAAUUCAACGUUCAUAUUUCAACGGUUACUUAGCUUUCAGACGAAAGCAUAUUUUUUUAUUGUUAAAUUUUAAUGUGAAAAUCAAUGGAGAAUUUUGUAAUUGUAUAUUUUUGUUGCACUUACAAAACAAGUCAAAAUUAUGAUGCAAUGAUGCAACUACACUGCACACAUAUUUUUACCAAAUUGUUUUUAUUUUACGAAAAUUCAAAGGAUACACUUAGAUCGUUUUUGCAACAGAGGCUGGUAUGCGUCAUGAAACAAAACAAAAUCAUCAAUUGAAAUAAAAAAAAUCUGGUCUAAAAACUAUGUUUGUAUUGGAUAGGUAAAAUAUCAUUCAUAGUAAGAAGCUCUUAUUUUUGUUACUGUUAAAUCAAAACCUUUUUGUAGAAUAAUUUUCGUACUUUUCAGUGAAAUGUCAUGUUAUUUUCAUUGUUGGUUCUUUCACUGCAGUGAAAAUAUCAUUUUGACAUUUUCACUUCUGUAAUAGUUUUUGUUUUAAUAAAAGUAAGCAUCCACUGUGACAGGUUGAAAAUCAGAUCGACAAAAUGACGUGACAGCAUCAUGUAUAUCGCACGAUUUUCCAAUUUACGUCAAUGAAAUUAACUUUUUUAAUAAUUUUGCACAAAUCUUGAUGACCAAGUAAAAAAAAAUCCACUAAGAUCAAAGAGAGUUAUAUCUUCUCUCCUGAAUAUACUGCUUUCUACCUUCAUUCUGUGAAAUAAAUUUCAAUCUUACACACAAAUUCAAUCGGCAUAAUUUGUAUUCGUAAUGAAGCUGGCCUCUGUUGCUUAAAUCUAUCGAAGACAAUUGAGAGAUAAUAAGUACUAUUCUUGGUUAUGAUUUUUUCCCUUUCAAUAACAGAAUAUCCUGUCUAAUCAAGUAUGCAUAAUAGUUUUGUCUGAACAUCCCAGACAAAAUUUGAUUAUAUUUAUUUAUAUGUUUAUGGACAUUGAUAAAUCAGCGAGUUAAAUACAUAAAAUCUUGCCUAAUAUGAUCUUUCUUCGAAUUUAUGGGAAAUGAAUAUAUACUCAUUUCAUCGAUAUUUUUAAAUAAGAAGUUGAACAGAUAUGUUGGCUUAAGAAGACAUUGUUUAGAUACGCUGACGAUGACCUUUUAGAAUUCAUGUACCAACAUCGUAUAUAUAGGUCAUUGAUUUGAGUUUCCAUUUUGGGGGCAAUCAAGUUAUUACUGCAUAUGAAAAAUGUGUAUAGUUUGAUCUUCAGUUUUUAUAAAUGUUAAAGACUACAUGAGACUUAAAGGUAGCCAAAUUAAUUUUCAAAAUAAAUCAAAAAGAUACCUGUGCAACAGAAAUGUAUGACGUAUUACAAAAUUCAAAAUCAAAAUCGCCCAAGUUUCAUCAAUACAGCUAGUUAUAAUUUAAAAAAAAAAAUAAAAAACUUGGCAUUUCAUAUGGCCUCACUUUCUCGAAUGCAUACAAGUCCCCUAUAACAAUAUCAAGCCCAGCACACUAUUUUCAUUUUGGAAUAAAUUGUCUAUUCUCCCUUUAAGGAGUUUUGACACUAUAAAGAGAAAUUAUAUUGAAGAUUAUCAUGAUAAACUAUUUUUUGUAAAAAAAAAAAUUGAUGUUGAAGUAGGAAAUUUAGUUUAAUGAAAUAACAUACUUUCGCUUGUUACACUAAUGAUAUUUUGAGAAAUUGGGGCAUAGAGUACAACUUCAAAAAGAGUUUUAUUUUUGUUGCUGAAUUUUGCAAUUUUCUUUCAACUUUAGCACUAUGUUAUCAAAUGUACAGUACAAGAAUUGGAUCACCUAUUUGUGUUUUAUUAAGUUUAUACGAGCAUUUGCACUUGGCUGCUUUUAUGUUUGCUUUUUUCUUACUUUCAAAUCCAUACAUGUGUUUUUAAUGGCCAACUAUUGCCAGUUUGAAAAUUAAAUAACUCAUUUUGCUUAAAAACCUGCAAUCAUUGAUAUCUUUAAAAUAAUUCAUUACAGUGACUUUGAAUGCAUUCCGUAUUACAAUAUUGAAAUCAUUUCUUUUAAUUUUCUUUUUAUGAAUGCAAUAUAUUUUUCACCAGCUGUUUACAACUUUUAUACAUGUAUUUAAGCAUGAAAAUCAAAUGCAAUCUCGAAUGUAACUAUUUUAGCACAGGGUAGUCAUAUCAUUUCAGAUAGAUGCACGGUUUUAAACAUCCCAUUUUUCAUUUUCACAAACAGCAAUUACAAUCUUUAACCCAUUUUAUUCUACACACACCUUUCAGUGUAGUUACCCUUAAUAUUUUAUGUACCUGUAAUGUUAGGGAUAAGAUAAAUAUAUCAAGACAUAACAUGUGUCAAAUUGUUUUGAGAAUUUCUGUGAUUGUUCACAUUAUGGAAUCUUCCGCAGACAAUGUAUGUUGUUUUGACUAAGGGUCAUGCAUCUGCCAGAUGGCUUAUCAGUUAUUUGAAAAUACGUAGAUAUUCAGGGUACCUGCAAUAUUAUCUGGAGGGCUCAUAGAAUGAAAUGGGUUAAACACAACUUGGAGCUUUGGUGCACUCUGAUAUUUUCAGUAUUUGUUACUUCCUAGAAUCAAAAUGUAUAUCAAUUAGAAAGUUGAUGAAUUUUAAAUCUGACAGAGGUAUAGAAUAGCUCUGUAUCCCUAUGAAUGUUUUCUUUAUUAGCUUAUUAAUUUUGUAAAUUGACACCUGCUAUAUACAUUUGUUAUGAUUUUUAUACAGACACCAUCGUCAGUUUAAAAAUGUCCUUGUUUCUUAAAUGAAAUAUUUUCAGCCAUAAGACAUGAAAUUGUGUUGAUAUUUUUGUUUCAAAUUGGUAACAUACUUUUCCCCCAGCAAUAUUUUCAUAUUUUGGGGGGAUUUAAAUAUUAAUCAUCAUUGGCAUACCAUAUAAUAGUUUUACGGCAUUGGAAAUGUGUCUCAAUUAUCACUUAGAACUGUUUUUAUUUCCGCGUGCAAUUCCUUUAAACCUCAAAACAGCUGAUGGUAGUCAUAUCUGCCAAUCGUUUUUCUUGUCACACAUAUACAUUAACAUUUUGUGCAAAAAAAAGUGUAAAUAUUAAACAACAUUAUAAUGGUCUUAUUGCAGUGAAUAACAAAAAUCAAAACUUUGAGGAUAACUACUGUUAAAAGCUGUGAUAAGGCAAUUGAUUGAAAACUUUAAAGUUAAAAAUGAUAUACAUGUGUUAUGAAUUAAUACUUUCGGUUGUCCAUACAUAUAUAUUAAGAACUGUGGACAAGAUUACCACAAGUAUGGCACAUGUAAACUGAUUAUUGAGCCUGGUCAAAAAUUUGAUUUUACAUAUCUAGAAUUGUUGAUAUUUUCACAGCCACACAAGUAAAACAUCAGAAGCCUGUCUCAUUCAAGAUCUUUAAGGAUCUUAUUCAUAAAGUAAAAAUUAUCUUAUUAUAAUAGUUUGGUUAUUUUGCUAUGUUCUGGUAAGAACAGAACUUUAGCAUGUAUGUAUGUUAAAAAAACAUAGUCAAGGAAACAAUUUUCGUUUAACUUGUUGCCAUUUGUGCCAUUUAGCUACUGAAACUCUCAAAUGGUACAAAUUUGAAUCAUCUGAAUGGAUUUUGAAAUUAACUAAUGAAUAGGGUACAUGUAGUUUAAAGAAAACAGCUUACUUCUUAACUUCUUUAUUUUGCUUGAAAAAUAACACUGUGCUAAAGUAAAUUAAUUUUAAAAUAGAUUAAAAAGUUUACAUGACUAUGUCUCUGUGUUAUUUGCUGUAUAUUUGAUACGAUGCUUAAAUCGGAUUGCAAUCACUCUCGAUUAUUACCUACUUUGUUAAACAAAAUAAUAUAAUUAUGUGACUGAAUCCAAGUCUGUGUGUGUUUGUUUUUCCAGGGUUACCAUAUGACGUUUUUUUAGUUAAUCUCUUCAUUGGUUUAUGAGUAAUAAAUAGUUAUAUUUGGAUGGUUCGGCGUCAUGUCAUUUCCCCCGUUAGCAAAUCAGUGUCUUUUUCUCACCAUAAUGGGAAAAGGGCAUGAGCCUUUUCAAAUUGGGAAAAAUGUAUCAUUUUGACUAAAAUUGGGAAUUACAAAUUUCCUAGAAAUUAACAAGAAUUCUUUAAAAAAAAAAAAUAGACAGAAAAGAUAAUAAAAAUUGAUAAAAGUUUUUAAAAUACAUAAAUUCUUCCCUACAAAAAUAGUUUGUGAUUAUUUUUUGGGAUUUUUUAUAAAACAUAAAAUUUAGGGGGAAAAAAAUAACACUUGGGAAAAGCAUAUGUUUUGACAUUGGGAAUGGGACAACAUGUUGACCCUAAAUAGGUGAGAAAAACCACUGCAUAUUUAUGCUAAAACUGUGUUCAAGAUUUUCAUAUUCAUGACAUUUUUUUCUGUUGUUAUUUAUUUGUAUUUCUUUCUCUGCAAGUUUUGUUUAAUUUAUUCAUUAUUUAAAUCAUUUCAUUUUUUCACGGUUGCUUUGGUCUGUCAGACCAUCACACAUUCAUAACAUUAGUUGUAUUUAUUAUUUGCAUCUAUAGAUACAAAAAAUCAUCUUCGUUAUGAUAGAACGAAAGUUCUCAAUUUUGUCUUGUUACAUAUUAUAAAAUUUACAUCCACAGUACAAAAAUCAUGACAUUGUUUUAAAUUCUUUCAAAGAAUUUAAGUUACAUUUUUAGUAGUAAUAAACAGUUCUUAUGCCAAAUUAAAAUAAUUAAAUGAUCAAAAUAUAUAAAAAAAACUUCAGAUAAAAAUCUUUGAAGAAAAAAUGUCUAGGCAGGGCCAUGGCUUUGGUGUCCUGCAUUAACCUGAUAUAUCAAAUAAAUUCAGUUGAGAUGUUCAAAUGAAGUUUAGAUACGUAGAACUGGGCCAUUUUAUUAAUGUGGGUACAAAGAUGUAUCAUGAGUUGAAGGUUAUGUCCGUGUUACAAAUGAAAUAAAAAAUCAAGCAAACUGUUUGAACUGACAAAUUCAACUAUUUACCGUACUAUUAUUAUGACACUGAAAUAUUGAUUUCGAAAAAGCAAUCAUGCAAUACAGUCAAACCCUGUUGGCUCUAAUUCCUUACUGGCUCGAACGUAUGGCCGAUUUCUUUAAACUGAAAGUAAGCAUUCCUGCUUGGCUCAAAUUUCUGAGGCUGGAGGGAUUUUUGCAUGUCCCUGGGAGUUCUAGUUAGUGGGGUUUGACUGUACAUUUGUUAUUAAGAUAGAGCUAAUAUGUAUAUGUGUAGCAAGGCCCACCACUCUGGCUACAAAAGUUAUCAAAUUAUGUCCCUUAGUAAAUUGAGAAAAACAGAUGAGUGUAAGCAUCAGCCUGGGUUGCUCUCUUCACUAUCACGUAACAUCUUCCGAUAUUUAGUUGUGAUCUCCACGUGUUUUUGAUGUUAAACCACAGUAUGUCUAAAACAUAAGUAUAUCCGCUGUGUGUGAACAUUCAUAUAACAUUGCCAAUCAUAGGCGAACUUAUUGUUUGUGUCAAAAUGUUAAUGUUGUAUUGUUAUUUUUGUUGUAUACUGUACUAGAUCUGUGAAUAUUGAAUUUAGAUUUUUAUGUAAAUAAAGCGAUGCUCAAAUGAUAAA